GUUACGUGAGUAUAAAACCUUCAAAAAAGACAUAAUGAUUGAGGAUAUCAAAUGUAAGAAUAUGGAAAAUGGAACAAUACGAGACCCAACGAAAAAAGUCAAUGAAAAGUUUGGUAUAAGACAUUUGCAAGCUUUCCUACUGUUUUUGGGUAUGGUAUCAGCAUUCAAUACCCGAUCCAGUAUGUCUGUAGCGUUAAUUGCUAUGAUAAAUGAAGAAGUACUUCCGGUGGAUAAAUUCGGUUUGGUCUCGACUGGCUUCAUAAUCGGACUCGUGAUCAUGGAAAUACCAUUUGGAUAUUUAGUCAUGUUAAGAAGUCCAAAAACCAUUCAUUCAGUAUUCAUGCUGUUGAGCGGUAUUAUGCACAUGCUGGUUCCUUAUGCGGCUAUAUAUGGCGGCUGGAUUACGGUUCUAACUGUAAGAAUCCUAAUGGGAGUUUGUCAAGGUGGACUUAUGUCUUGCACGCAAGCACUCCUGUCUAAGUGGUGUCCACCUUUCGAGAGAGCAAGAUUAGCUAUGUUUGUGUUCAACGGUGCGAUAUUAGGCAACAUGAUUGCAAUGCUGGUUUCCGGAGCACUGUUGAAAUCAAAUUUCGGCUGGUCGAGUAUUUUUUAUUUAUUCGGAGCGAUGACUAGUGUCUGGGGAGCUGUUUUUUACGUUUUUGGAGCAGACUCGCCAGCUCAACAUCCAAAAAUAAACAAAGACGAAAGAGAAUACAUCGAAAGUAGCAUCGGUGAAAGUACAGACGAAUCCAAGGUAACCAAAGUACCAUUGCGUCAAAUAUUGACAUCCGUUCCCGUUUGGUCCCUAGUCGCGACAAAUUGUGGCGAUGUUUGGGGCUUUUUCAUCCUCCUGACACUCCUGCCAAAUUACAUGAGCAACAUCGUCGGUUUCAACAUCGAGGAAGGUGCUAUUAUAUCAGCUCUGCCGUACCUCAGCGCCUGGCUGCUGGCCUUCCCCUACAGCUGGAUGUCCGACUAUUUUCUCAAGAGAGGCGUUCCUGUGACGCUAGUGCGAAAAAUCAGUAACUCGAUUGCCAUGUGGAUUCCAGGGCUUGCAUUGGCGCUACUGUGCGUGGUCGAAAGGAGCAAAGUCGUUACCGUCGGCAUCAUGGUUGUUGCCGUGAGUUUCAGCUGUGGGACUUUUUGCAGCUAUCAAGUCAGCAAAAUGGAAAUCUCUCCGAACUACGCGGGGAUCAUCAUGUCCUUUACCAAUUUCUUUGGAAACGUCAUGGGCGUGCUUGGUCCGAACGUUUACAGUUUUGUAGUCGAGGACGUGAAAAAUCCCCAGCAGUGGGAUGUUAUAUUCCUCAUCACGGCGUCGCUUUACAUUGUGUCGAACGCCAUAUUCGUUGUCUUUGGAACAUCAAAAAAACAGCCGUGGAACGAAAUUGAAAACACUUAA